AUGGCAGACACCACAGCUAAGCGUGAACCUGACACUGUUGAAACUGAUGAAUUAACUCAGAAAGUGAAGAGGGCGAAAACGGACUCUAAGAAUGGUCGAGGAGAAGUUGGAGAUGAAUUUGAAACAGAUGUGCUCUCUGGUUUCCAAAGCUCCGCCGUGCUGAGCGACUCUGGCCGGGAGAAAACCAUCUUUAUCCGGGGAAAGCUUGCAGAUGAGGAUGCUGUGGUUAUCCUGGAGAAGACUCCCAUCAGAGAGGACACCCUGGCUGAGCUCUUCACUGGCUCCAGGCUGAAGCUGGAGAUGAAGAACGACAUCUACAGCACAUACCGGCUCCAGCCUCCUCCUCACCUCAAUGAGAUCAAAACUACAGUGGUGUGUCCGGCCACAGAGAAGCAUGUAAAGAAGUACCAGCGUCAGGAGAGUUUCCUGGUGGAGGAGACGGGCGAGGACUAUAAGACCAUCACUCUGCCCUACAUUCAGAAGCAGAGUUUUAGCGUGCAGUGGGUACUCAACAUCCUGGAGAAGAAGGCGGAGGCUGAUCGGAUAGUGUUUGAAGAUCCAGACAAGGACGUCGGCUUUGUCCUCCUGCCGGAUUUCAAAUGGGACCAGAAACAGGUGGAUGAUUUAUACCUGAUUGCCAUCACACAUCAGAGGAACAUCAAGAGUCUCAGAGAUCUGACGUCAGAUCAUUUACCACUGCUUCAAAACAUCUUCCAGAAGGGAAAGGAGGCCAUCCUGCAGCGCUACAACCUGCCAGCCAGUAAGCUGAGAGUCUACCUGCACUACCAGCCCUCCUACUACCACCUCCAUGUCCACUUCACCAAGCUGGGCUACGAGGCACCGGGCUGCGGUGUGGAGCGCGCCCACCUCCUCGCAGACGUCAUCCAAAACCUCCAGGCCGACCCUCAGUACUACAAAACCAGGACCCUGUACUUCCCCCUGAGGGCGGACGACGGACUGCUCAGCAAGUUUAAGGAGGCGGGGAGGCUGUGACUUCACUAAGCUCGCACUCAAUCUCCAUUUCUAAACUCCCGUCCAGACUGUGUAGUUUAAACUAUGAGACGCAAACCCAGCACCUUUUUUUUGGGGUUAAGCUACAAACAUUAUCUCUGUGCUGAUGUCGAUUCAUGACUUAAAUUAUAACGAUCCAGAAGAGAUUUCAUUAAAGGACAAUUUCACACUGUAACUGAUAAGUAAUCACCAAAUUCUUGUGCUUAUUUUAUACAUGUUUGGAUGUGUUAUUUGUACAUUUUCCAGUCUGGAUCCUCACUAAGGUGUUUUAAUAAUCAUUUUGUAUACUGUCCAGUUUUCAUUAUGAGAUGAGAUUGUAGGAGUGGAUGUGACACCAGUGGAUACAUUAAUUAUCUGUAUAAACUGAUG